AUGAAGCCGCUACCCGGUGAAUCGCUAAGGACCUGGAACCUCAAGACGACACCGUUCAGGCCAAGCGACCAGGACCUCACUGCAUCUUUUCUGGAGAUCAAGCCCUGUCAGGCCAGGGCCAAGACCAACGCCAUCGCGGACGAUCCUGAUGCGAAGUCAAAGGCAUGCUAUUACGACAAGCAGCAGCCUCAGGAUGAUGUGCACCUUCACCUGUCUGAUUUGUUUGUGAUGCUGGGCGUGAUGGCAAUGGGUCCACAGCAAUUGUCGCAAAGUCAGCCUCGCAAGAAAGGCGAGGAGGAGCUGGAUUUCGUAAAGGACGAGGAUGGUGGAUACCUGGAGAAGUGGCAGCCUCGAAAUGCAAAACGUGCGUGGCAGUUCGAGACACUCGCUCAGGCAACACCGCACGUCGCAGCGACAGUGUCAAAGGAUGUCUUGGCGGUAUCCAAGAUCGGCAUGGACGGUGUGAGCCUCCAAGUGAAUGCCAGCGGCAAGGGUGUCGUCUCCGACUUCAACAGCAGGGGCCAAGCGGCUGGUUGGCUCUCGGGCUUGGCGAUGUGGCCGGAAUCCGGCGUCAUGGUGAGCCCAUGCAAAGUCAUCCGGCAGCAGUACACCAAAGAGUCGGUGGGCAAGGUUGGUAUUGAGAUGAAGAUGUGCCGGCUUUGCUUCCAGGACUACAAGCCCAAGGCGGGUGUUGGUCGACGUCCUUUGGAGACCAUCCUUUUCUCGAACAGGCACCUGUUGGUCGCGGCGGGCUGCAUGAACGGAAAGGUGCAGGAGCGAGUGUCCACUUUUCAGAUGCAGCAAAACACCGGCGAUGGCCUCAUCCUGGCUUUGGUGCGUACCCGAGAUCAAAUCUUUUCAGAUACCCUCUACACGGAGGACACGACGCAUGAAGUUCUACAACUGGUCUUGGUGUUGUGGCUUCACGCAGCUUCACUGACUUUACAGUUUGGCUUGACAUAUCAUCUGUACUUCACCACGGUGGAUGGGUUGGCAGCUCCGUUCAGCAGUGGCAUCACUGACAAGAUGGAGGCGAUACGACAUGCACUUGAUCACGAUCCGCCUGUUCCACUCUCGAAGGACGACCUGGUGCAGAAAGAUGCGCUGGACCUGUGCUUAAAGCAGCACGCCCUUGGACUUACACAUCUCAUGGUGCUGUCGCUCUGGGGCGCGCGGAUGGUGGCCGAGGUCUCUGAGCUGCUGAACAGCGGCACCAUUUUGAGCUUGAUCGCAGAUCCAGACCCGACGCAAAAUGGCUUUCUCGAGGAGAGAGACGAUGGAAAGAUGCUCGUUUCCCACAUGAGUCUGAUGAUGAAAGUGGCGUGCAUCAUAUUGGUGAUCAUCCCAAAACUGGUUUGCACCAGUUUCCUGAUGUGGACAGGUGGAAAGAUGUUCAUGCUGACCCACACCAUGGGAUCCCUCAUCAUCCCGUUGCUGACACUGACCUACAUCUUGCAAAUUCCCGCCAUACUGUUUACUGGUUUCUCUUCCUUCAAGUUCAAGGAGAAGGUUCAGCUGACGCUGUACCAGUACAAGAUAGCGCUUUGCUAUAAUUCCGCGAACUGUCAGAUGUGGGGGCUCACGGUGAUCAAAGCAGCAGCAACAUUUUGCUAUGUCUACUUCAUCUACGUGCUGGCUUUCGGUGAUGUCACAGAGCUCCUUGGCCUGCACUUGUCCAACGUCAAUGCGAGAAGCUCAGAAUUUGUCGCUCAGGUUUUCGAAAUGUGUUCAGAGAGGAGCAUCAUGGCCGAGACUGCGACGGCUCCUACUGAGACUCUUAAGAUCAGCGAUGGUACCACCAUGCAGAUCGCACGCCUCCCCGACAUUGAUGACAACACCUGGGCAGAGGUGAAGGCCUAUGUGGAAGGCAAUCCGGAGACUGCAAAGGCCUUGCAAAGCUUUGCCAAAAACCCGGAAGCCAUGCGAGGCUGGUUGCAGACUCAGGCCAUCGCCGAGCACUACAACACGAAGCUCUCGAACGGCGACGCCCCUGUGGCGGACCGCGUGAAGUCUCUGGAGAAGGACCCUGAGCUGGCCAGCGUCUUUGAGGACAUCAAGAAGAACGGCAUGGAGGCUGCCAUGAAGUACUACCAGGACGAGGAGUUGAUGCUCAAAAUCAGCCAAAAGAUGGGCGGUCUUCCGUCAGAGCUGCAGCCGGUCCUGAAGAAGAUUGACGAGACCGCGCUGACCCUGCAUGAGGCGGCCAAGAACGGAGAUUUGAAGGCUGUUCAGGACCACAAGGCAAAGAAAUUCGGGUCCCUGCAGUUGGCGACUAGCUGUGGCCGCAAGCAGGGCAUCACCGCCCUUGGCUACGCGAUUGGAGCCAACCGGAUAGCUGUUGUGAAGCUACUUUUGGACAGCCGUGCCAAUCCUUAUGCAGUGGACAGCUCUGGCAACAGUGGCCUGCACUACGCAGCUGGCUACGGACGCAAGGAGCUGCUGGAGUACCUCCUCAAAGUUGGAGCCAAUGCAACAUGGCCGCCUCGGAGAAGAGCAUGA